AAAAUAGACUUUACAGAAACUAGGGUUUUGGUUGAUAUAUUAACUGUCUCCCUCGCGGCUCAGUAGUUUCCUCGCCUCUGAUUGACACUGCUCAAGCUUAUCUCGGCGAAGAAGAGAGAAACAGAAUGGCGACUCAAGGAUCCGCACAGAAGGAGGCUGACAUUAAGAUGAUGUGUGCUGCUGAGGUUCACCUCGGAACCAAGAACUGCAACUACCAAAUGGAGCGUUACGUCUUCAAGAGACGCAACGACGGUAUCUACAUCUUCAACCUUGGCAAAACAUGGGAGAAGCUGCAGAUGGCUGCACGAGUUAUCGUUGCUAUUGAGAACCCACAAGACAUCAUUGUUCAGUCAGCUAGGCCCUAUGGUCAGAGAGCUGUUUUGAAGUUCGCUCAGUACACUGGAGCUAAUGCAAUUGCUGGAAGACACACUCCUGGUACCUUCACUAAUCAGAUGCAGACCUCAUUCAGUGAGCCAAGGUUGUUGAUUCUUACUGAUCCACGUACCGACCACCAGCCCAUCAAGGAAGGUGCUUUGGGAAACAUUCCAAUCAUUGCGUUCUGCGACACUGACUCUCCCAUGAGGUUUGUUGACAUUGGUAUCCCCGCCAACAACAAGGGAAAGCACAGCAUUGGUUGUCUCUUCUGGCUUCUUGCUCGCAUGGUCCUUCAGAUGCGUGGAACCAUCCGCCCUGCUCAGAAGUGGGAUGUCAUGGUUGACCUGUUCUUCUACAGGGAGCCCGAGGAGGCUAAGCCAGAGGAUGAGGAUGAAGUUGCACCUCAGGCAGAGUUUGGACUACCUGCUCCCGAGUAUGGAGGAGACCAAUGGACCACUGCUGCGAUCCCUGAUGCUGCAUGGCCAGGAGAAGGCCAGGCGCCAAUCUCUGCUGCUCCUGCUGCUGCCUCUUGGAACGAUUCCACCGUUGCUCCAGCAGCAGAAGGUGGAUGGGACGCUGCUGUGCCACCCACAACUGCAGCUGCUGGUUGGGAGUAAAGUUGAUGAUGAUACUACCCUUUACAAUGUGUUUUUGUUUUGUUGCUGUUGGAAAUUGAAGAGUUAUCGAAUCACAGCUCUCUCUGUCUCUUUCAAUCCUCUCUUUAGGACAAGACAUUUAGGGUAUUUCUGUUUUGCACUUUUUGUUUUGAAUGGAAUUUCUACUAUAUUUAUCUCGUACGUUUUGUUAUAAAUAUAGUUUUGAGCUUCUGGUUC